AUGGGCUUCGUCCGUCCCGAUUUGGCGCCGAACGGGACCAAAUGGUCAGCCGACGGCGGCCACUCCGGUGGCCAGGCUUAUAAGACAGUUGGUUUCUGGGUCGGCAUCAUGUGCGGGCUCGGUUUCAUCGGUCUGGCUGUAUACUGGCUCUACCUGAAACGCCACUACGAGCGCGUCGUCGCAGAGCGCCCGCGCGCCCGAGCGACGGUGGCCCGCGUCGCGCAGAAGCUGGAGGAAGUGCCCACCGAGGUGCGAACAUCCGCGAAGGGCGAGUGUUCGAUCUGCCUCUCGCGCCGGGCUGAAUUCGGCGCUGCGGCCGCGGCGCGGCCGGUCGUCGUCCUGCCGUGCAAACACGCCUUCCAUGCGAAAUGCCUCGAGAACUGGUUCGCGACGAGUCUGGCGCGCCUGUCGGACGCGGACGAUCUCACGUGCCCGCUGUGCCGUCAGGCCGUCCCCGCGGCGCCGCGACGGCGCCUUGACGGCGAGGAGCACAAGGACGCGACGGGCGACGUCGAAUUACGUGGCGUGUAG